AUGAUUGUGAAGCGUUCUGGUAUCAGUCCGCUCACACCGGCCUCGCUGGCAAUUACUAUCGUGGGAUGCCUCCUUGCUAUCACCAUUGCCGCCGUCGGCUAUGUCUACUGGCGCAAAAGAAGACUCUCUUCACAACAGCUCGCAGCUAAAUCGGACGACCGAUCCUCCAGUACGGCUUCGGAGGAGUAUCAACUCGAAAGUAUCGUCGCUGCCCCAACACAGCCAGAGCGGAGCGAGAAUCCCCGAUACUCUGUCGGCAUCAUGUCGCAUAUGUCAGUGGGACCUCGCUCACCACGUCCUGCGCGAUCUCCUGUUCCGAACAAUCGGUAUUCUGUGGGCAUGCUCAGUCGAACUUCCAUGGACCCAUCUGUGGCAUUACCUAAUCCAGAUCGCAAUCGGAGCCGAUCGCGUUCUCGUACACGUACAAAGGAGGAGAAGGAUCGGGCUUACGCUCGGCUGUCUAUGAAGAGCGGCGUCAUGACUCGCUCCUCAAUGGCUCCGAGAUCUCCCGUUCCAAGAAGUCCAAUGAGUCCGAGUGACCCAUUGCUGUCUGCCGGAAUCAUGAGCAGAAUGGCUAGUCCACGACCUGGCAACAUACCCGUCAGUCCGAAUCCUGGAAGCCUGAGCGCCAUGCAGAGUCCCGUCAUCAGAGAUCGCGAUCUCCUCGAACCGCCGCCACGUUACUCUUGA